UAAGCGCAUGUGCCAGCAUGUCAAAGGUCACUAAAAAAGUUGUCUAACAGGUUUUGUUUUUCAGGGGGCGUCAACUUUUCAACUCAACCAGAUCGUUGCUGCUUGUAUAAUGGGUCAAACUGUGGCCUUCUAUCGAAAUUACGUCACAGCCGUGACCGGCUAUAUGUUGGUCACAGUGGUCUUGGUCACAGUGUUUUUGUUGCAUGACGGGAUAGGUGCCCUGAAAACCAAGACGAGCAGAGAUGAGCGAAGCAAGCUUAAGACCACCGUCCCUGUCAAACCUAACAUCAUCCUCAUGUUGGCUGAUGACAUGGGGUGGGGGGAUCUGUGCAGUUACGGCCAUCCUACCCAGGAGUGCGGGGAGAUAGACAAGAUGGCGGCGGAGGGGAUGCGCUUCACGCAGUGGUACAGCGCAGACUCACUGUGCUCGCCUAGCAGGGCAGCGAUAUUGACAGGCCGCCUCCCAGUCCGUGUGGGUGUGUGGGGAGGGUCCAGAGUUUUCCUGCCGGCAAGUACGGGGGGUCUGCCGAGGGACGAGACAACCAUCGCUGAGCUGCUGAAGGAGGCUGGGUACGCCACGGGCAUGGUCGGCAAGUGGCAUCUAGGUAUUAAUGAGUUUUUACCUGGUGACGGAAGACACCUGCCUCACCACCACGGGUUUGACUUUGUCGGAACCAACCUUCCAUUUACCAACCACUGGGCUUGCGACGAAUCCAAGGUCCACAUGGAAAGCCCAGACCCGAUGUUGUGUUUCAAGUACUGGAACGCCACACUGGUCCAACAGCCCUUCAGACACGACAACCUGACGACCUCCUUCCUACAGGACUCCGUAGCCUUCAUGCACAACAACAAGGACACGCCCUUCUUCUUGUACCUCUCCUUUGCCCACAUGCACACCGACAUGUUCUCUGCACCCAGGUUUAGGGAGACAUCGAGGAGAGGUAGAUAUGGGGAUGGUCUGCGUGAGCUGGACUGGGCUGUAGGCGAGGUGCUGAAAACACUCGUCAGUCUGCAGAUCCAGCACAGAACCCUGGUGAUCUUCCUGUCGGAUCACGGGGGGCAUCUUGAGAUCUGCACAGAGGGGGGAUCAAAUGGGAUUCUCAAAGGUGGCAAGGCAUCCACAUGGGAUGGAGGGUUGCGUGUCCCUGGAAUAGCCUGGUGGCCAGGUGUUGUUGCACCUGGCCAGGUGUCCCAGCACCUGGUCAGCUCCAUGGACGUGUUCCAGACAGCUGCUGAGCUGGCAGGUGUGACUCCACCGAAGGAUCGCAUCUAUGACGGGAAAAGCCUGGUUCCAAUUUUGCUAGAAAAGACGGCGGCUGUUCCAACAAGUAAAUCACCUCCCUCCCCGCGGACCCUGUUUCACUACUGCUCCAAUAGACUAAUGGCUGUUAGGUACGGGGAGUACAAAGCACAUUUCUACUCCAUGGAGCUCCCCGGAAUGGACUACACACAAUUUUGCCCAAGUGGCGUGCCCAUAGCGGACUACUACACCUCGUUUGACUGUUACGGGCCUGAAAUCACGCAACACGAACCACCACUACUCUUCAAUAUAAACAUAGACCCAGGUGAACUUUAUCCUUUGCCUGCAGAAGACUAUAAAGAUGUGCUCAUAAAGAUUCUUUUAGAAAAGUUAAAACACGAGAUCAGCAUGGAACCAGGAAAGGCGCAGUGUGAAGAGGGUUCUGAGACGGUACAGCCUUGCUGCAAGCCGCCAUUUUGUACAUGUAAUUACGAACCACAACGGGAAGAUGGAUAAGAUAUACCAGUGUGUUUCAGUAGAUAUAAGCUGGGCAAUAUAUCAUGCAUAUGCAUAUAUGUAAUAUUAUUGAAUCAGUUAAAAAAAUAUAGACGGAAUACAAAGGAUUGGGUAAAUCUAUAAGUGGAUACAGCGCACAAGGAACUCUCGGAGAUACGCACUUCAAAAACACGUACCCCAAGGUUGCAUCCUCGACUUCCUUUUCUCUCCCCCACUCUCUUUUUCUGUUUUCUCUUUCUCUCUCAUCGCCACCUAUCUCUGACCACUACUUCAACCGUUUUGUGGAUUAUAUAUUGUAAUUGGAAGACUCUUUACAUAAAUCAUGCAAAUAAGAGUUUCAUUUACAUAAUUAGUAUAUGUUUAUGUGUCACUUGCCAUGAAUUAUGUACAUUACAUGUAUUGUAUGAAAGUCCUAUUGUUGAAACACUAAAACUACAGAUUUUCCUCAUUAUUUAUGCAAAUAAAUCCCUAAUUUUCAUAAUUUGAA